UGCACCCAUUGGCGUCCCCAGGACUGAGUUUAGGAAACGCUGGAUUAAGCUGUCUAAGAGAUCAGUGAAGUCUGACUUGACACAACUUAACGCAGUAAGGUCGGGCUUCUCAUUGAUGUUAAACUAUCAUUAAACAAUCUAAUCGCCACUGGGAGUGGGUGUAUUUAUAAAAUACCACACCUGCGAUACUUCUUUAAGCCAAAAACAAUAUCUUCAUCUCAGUUGAUCUCCCACCCAUCUCUUUGUGGGUGGGGCGUCCAGGGGUGAGAGUAGGUAAUACCUGGGAUCCACCUCCCACCUGACACACUGCUACAGAAGACACCAUUACCAACCACACUAUCACGGAACACCUGAGAGGAACCACGCCGAGGUCCUCACCCCAGACAGAGAACCCCAGGCUGGGUAGGGUCCUGCCUGUCUCCGCCCUGAACACCUGGAGGCCUGGUGCUAAAUGUGGAGGACCCUGAGUAUCACCUGUUCAUCUGAAGAUCUACAAGAGGAGAGUGUUUGAUCAUGAAGCUCCACCUUGUUUCUCCUUCUACUUGAGGCGAACAAGUUCACCAGAAAACUGGAUGCCACAAGUGGAGGAAACUCACAACUCGCUGCUCCGAUUCCUUAUUCAUCCAUUUGUCUUAAGAGUCUCUCUCUCUGUUCACACCAUCACCAUGAGUGCUGUCUUCUCCCACCCCUUCGUAGACCAGCGGCCCACCUACCUAAACCGAGGCAGCAGCCUGCCGUAUGGUCUGUCUCCCUCUAGUGGCUACUCUGAAAACCGCCCAAACACCCACUCCAACCGCCUCCACUCUGGCUCUGACCCUCUGGCCCACACAGUGCCCUUCCUCCUCUACCCCACCACAAUGGACCCUGGAGGCCUCUAUGAAGCCUCGUUCCGGGGCCCCGGAGGCCCCAAUCUCCUCCCCUACCUGUCCCCAUUCCACCACGGGCACUUUGGAGUGUACGAGUGCCCCUUCGAGCCAGCGUUCAUCCAGAAGCGUAACGAGCGGGAGCGUCAGAGGGUGAAGUGUGUGAACCAGGGCUAUGCCAAGCUGAGGGACCACCUGCCCGGGGGUGUCAGUGAGAAGAGGCUCAGUAAAGUGGAGACACUGAGGGCAGCAAUUAAUUAUAUUAAAUACCUGCAGGGGCUGGUGGAGGGGCAGGGGAAGGGCAGAGAUGGGUAUGAGGGGGGACAGGUGUGCCACAGCCCCAGUUCUGCCCACUGUAGGAUGGAGGACUCGGACCACAGCAAUGGGGGGUCACCUCACUCUCUCUCAGACUCCUCCUCUUCCUCUGCGGGGAUAGACUGUGACGAGUCAGCGGGCUCUGGGACCUAGAUGAUUGUGGUUAGUAUAGUUUGUGAGCGAGACUGUGGAUAGACAUUUGUGGAUUGAGGUAGGACUUCCCUCUCUCCAAGGACUGCUCACGAAAAC